UGAAGCAAGGCAAGAUUUACACCUCUUAAGGGUUAAGAUACCGACCUUAAACGGCUGCAUUAAAGUCAUAAUAUUUAACAAGAGCUUCUUCAUCGCUUCGUCGUGUCACUAUCUCAUCCCUGAAAAUUUACUGUUUGCUAUCAUGGUGCUACUUGACACUUUUGCUUUAUUCGAUUGUGAGACACAGGACAAACGUUAUCUCUCAGAGGGGCUUAAGUCUGAGAAUAGAAGGACUUCGGACAAGAGAGAGAUGAUAGCAGCAACGGACCACAGUUGCAAAGAAAUCGCUCCGAACAGCGACGGUUACAGUAUUGGUGACCGUGAGGGGAAAAGUCACAUGGAGGUGUGUUUCCCUGCGGAGGACUCAACUAAACAUGUGGGAAACAUUGAGAGUGGGAAAAAAUUCUGCUGUGAAAACUGUGAUAAAGUUUUUACGGACCCUAGCAAUCUACAACGCCACAUUCGCUCACAGCACAUUGGAGCCAGAAGUCACGCAUGUGGAGAGUGUGGAAAGACUUUUGCGACAUCUAGCGGACUGAAGCAGCAUCAGCAUAUUCACAGCAGUGUUAAACCAUUUCAGUGUGAAGUCUGUCUGAAAGCAUACACCCAGUUUUCUAACCUUUGCCGCCACAAGAGAAUGCACGCUGACUGUCGCCAACAAAUUAAAUGCAAAGAUUGUGGACAAGCAUUUUCCACAGUAACUUCUCUUAGUAAACAUAAGCGCUUCUGCGAAGGUGCUUUGAGAAAUGGGAUUCAACUUGGAUAUAGUCAAAUCGAGAGGCAACUGAAUGGUGUUCCCACGGUGGGUGUAGCUCCCUUGAGUUCGCCCUUAUUACUGGGACUUUACCGCCAACAUACUUAUCCUCCCUUUUAUCAGCCGGUGGGUUCAACUUACCCCUCGCUAUCAGGAAACUUCUACAGUGACAUCCCGAAAUCCUCUCUGACCUCGUUACCACAAAGAAUUACAUCACCCGAGGAGUUUUUCAAGUACCAUAGGGCUCGCAUGUCGUUGGAGGCGUCACGGAGUAAUUCUGGUCGAGACUCAGUGGAAUCCAGCUCCUCUAGUAAAUCUCCGAUAUCACCGAAGAGCGAUUACGAACAUUCCACUUCAGAUAUUGAAAUGGAAAACUAUCGAGCAUCGCCACCAAGUCCCCCAAAAAGUAAGAUUAAUUUGGAAUCCCAAAAGUUCUGCAAGAAUGAAACCGAGAAAGGCACUAGUUUGUCCUCUGAGACCUCUUUUGAUUUGUUUAAACGAGCUAAGCUAGAAUCCAAAUCACCACCUUCUUCCUAUGAGUCUCCUUCUGAGGAGGAAAGUGCUGACCAACCAUUGGAUUUGACCAAGAAAGCAAAUACAGAAACAACACCCUCUGAAAACACAAGAAAAGCACAUGUGUUUGGCUGUCCAGUUUCAGCAGAUGUUCCAAACUCCUUUCCUUACGGAAUUAACAAUCCAUUUCUCAUGCAAUCUCCUCUAUGUUCUAAAGAUCUACCCCGCUCAUAUCCCGAGUUCUCACGGUAUUUUCCAUUUCCAAAUAUAGGUGGUUCGCCAUAUGCUAUUCCUCAUCUAGAACAGCUGCAAAAAUUAAAUCAAGAAAGCCAAAAUGUCUUAGUUAGCGGUUCGUCACAAGCAAGUCUUGGGUCCUUUACAUUUCCAGCCGGAGGGGGGAAAGUACGAGAACGAUACUCUUGUAGAUUUUGCGGAAAAGUUUUCCCAAGAUCUGCAAACUUGACUCGUCAUCUUAGAACUCAUACUGGAGAACAACCGUACAAAUGUAAAUACUGCGAGAGGUCAUUCAGCAUUUCCUCUAACCUCCAAAGGCACGUCAGAAACAUCCACAACAAGGAGAAACCAUUCCGAUGCGAAUUGUGCGAUCGAUGCUUUGGUCAGCAGACGAACUUGGACAGACAUAUAAAGAAGCACGAAACUGACGGUGCAGACGUUAGAGACUCUCCCGUAGACAUAGGUCUUCAGGAUAGUCGUCCGAGUUCAGUAGAACCAUCUGAUGAUGUUCUACCAGAAGAUAUCAAAGAAGUCGAAAGUGAUGUAGAAAUCGCAGACGAGGAAUCGGACAUCGAUAUCAACUGUGAGUCCGAUUCAGAGGAUAGAAGUACCUCUAUUACAUCAGCUGCUGUUACUAUGCCCGAGAAGUCCAAAAAUACCGCGCUGGUUGCCGUGGAGAUGACAGGAUUCGCGAGUAAUCACCAUCUUGAAUUGCAGAAAAAUAUUGUUUUGUGUAACUCGUAAAUAUAGUUGAUAUGUUUUACUUUUUUUGUUUUGCUUUCUUGCUGCCAUUUACACUGUAAGACGCUGUGAUCAAUGAUAUCUAUAUAUUCAAUAUUGUACAUAUAUCUGUAUAUUUUAGUCAUGUAAUUUAGUAUUAUUUCUAUUUAUUCACAAAAAGUGUUCAAAGCCAUUUUUUGUACUUUAGUGCAAUUUGUUAAGACUUUUUUGAAGACAAUUAGUUCGUAGCUAAGCAACAAAUACCAAACAAUACUGGAUAGUGAUAUUGCAAAUAUUAAUUGUUUAUCUGAACAAUACAUGGGACUUCGAUGUGGAAAUAUAUUUAACCAGUUCUCGUCGGUGAUGAUGAAAUUAGAUUUUACCGAAUUUUUACUGGAUGAAUCAGAUAAGAGUCAUUGUUAUUAGGACCAUUACAUCUGGCUCAUUUUAUUUUCAGAUAUACUAUAUACAUCAAUUAUAUGAAAGGAAUUCCAUAAUGAUGUGAAAUAAUUGAAUAAAAUUUCCAGAUCUA